AUGGAGGAGAAAAAUGGUUUACAAACUGAAAAUGCAAGCAACUUGAAGGACUGGUUAUGUUCUUGGUUUGAUAAAAUAUUAGCUCAUCAUAUUGAGGAAAAUGAAUUCUGCAAGAUUUCCAUAGUGGCCUGGUGUAUCUGGAAUGUCAGGUCAGUUCUAGGGAGCAAAAUGCAUCUACUUAACAUGCGCGUGGAGUCCAGAUGUUAUAUAUCUCAGCUCCUAACUUCUGCGGGCAUCAAUAUAGCUGCAUGUGCGGUUCUCCUGUCACUGUAUUCUAUAUUGAGAAAACAACGUGGAAUCACUGGUGUUUACUCUUCGCGAAGGCUUAUUCAAGAGCAUCUCAAACGUAGUGACCCUUUUUGGUUCGAGAGAUUUGUUCCUUACCCAAGGUGGGUAGCAACGGCAUGGUCUACAUCUGAAAAAGAAAUUUUGGCUGUCAGUGGCUUAGAUACUGUUGCUUUCCUUAUACCACUUGUUUUCAGUUGUAUUCGUUUCUCCACAAUCUUUCAAACAGAUGGGAGCUGCUUAUCUGAACAAACCACAAGUUCAGGCUCUGUCUCACCCACAAGGGAGGAUACUUUAAAAUGGUGGGCUAGAAACAGGUAUCUCUUCCUCUUGAUAAGAUCUGGUGUGAAUUUUCUUGCUGAUGGUGGAGACACGGAUGGGGGAGGAGCUUCAGCAAGGUUGGAUGCUGUCCAGGUGGCUAGGGGAAAACAUAAUGGCAUUGGCCUGACUGUUUUGGCAACAGAUUGCUCAAGAUUGCUACACUCAAUCCAGGUUCCAGUUUCUGAUAUUGGAUCCCACUUUGGUAUGCUACUUGGAAUCAGUUGGAGGAAGAAGAAUUAAAGAUCUGGAGCCUAAGGUGUUUAAGGCCGUGCUUCACUUUAUUUACAAAAAACCUCUUAUUGAAAAUGACAAGCUAGUCCCAUGUUUCUGAUAAUUUAGCCGGGAAGAUAUUAGCUGCUGCAGAUAAGCACUGUUUGGUGAGACUCAGACUAAUGUGUCAGUCUUACUUGUACAAAGAGAUAGCCAUUGAUCAAGCUGCAACUACUCUGGUGUUCGCCGACAAUUAUCGUGGCACUGAGCUGAAAGCUGUCUGUCUAAAAUUUGCAGCUGCAAGCCUUGCAGGUACACCAUUUAAAUUUCCAUGCGGCUGGUGCAUAUAAUAAUAUGAGUAUGUCCUGAUGUGUGAAUUUGUAGCUAUGUGCCUUCUUCUAUUUGUAAAGUACAACCUUCGGCUAUAGCUUUCCCUUGGCCCCUCUGUUAGUUCAUUGUUUAGCUUGUUCGCCUUGGAUUAGAUUCUACUUAUAAGGAGGCAUGUUGUGUGCUUUAUUUGACGUUA